AUGUCGUCUCUCGAACUUCCCUUUAUGAUGAAUGUGUUAUUAUAUAUCUCUGAUCUCCGCAGUCUUGAAACCUUCAUCACUGUAUCCAAAAAGUGUGGGACUGCCGCGUUUUCUCUGCGGACCAAUCCAUUAGUCGAUUUUCAAGACUUUGUAUAUCACCCACCACACAACAUGACAAACGAUAAAUACAACGCAAUGGCAACUACAUUCAAACGUUCAAAAAUACAAGCAUUCAUCGAUUUACUCAAAAAACUGUUUCCCAAUUUACAAACACUGUUGUUAACACCAACACAAUUGGUUAAUUGUCGUGAUGACCAAAUGUCCAUGUGUGACCAAGUGGUUUUGUCAUACACAAAAACAUUGAGUCAAUACUUUAGUAUCAAUUCAGUGAUCUACACAAAAAUAGUUAACGCCAACUUUGAAAUUCUUUCAUUUACUAAAUUUAAUGAAACUGCCGAGAAAAUGGAGGUGUGUCGCAUUCCACAAACCUUAAUGUCUGACAUCGUUCUUCAAUUUAAACGUCUGAAAACGUUGAUUGUUGUUGAAACACACAAAGAAGAGUAUUUGCGAAAACAGAACAUAUCAUGGGAAACGUACUAUGAAGUGUACAGACAAUUAAUACAAAAAGGUGUUCAUGUUGUGAUACUGUUAAAUAUCAACCACACCGAAAUUGAAGUCUCAACUCUUAUUAAUAAGUACCCGACUUUAAUGUUCGGUGUCAAGCGUUGGAACUUUACAACUCAGUUCAUCAACUCAUAUGACGAGUUUCCAUUACAACAGAAUUCACCCGCUGAUUUCUUUAAAGAUCCUCUAAUAAAUUAUCCAUCACUCGCUAAUUCAUAUUUUCUCCCUUUAAAAAUCAGUGCUUUUGUAUUUAAAGAAGGUAGACAUACAAACACUUAUUUUAUUAAAAAAGAAACUAAGCCGGAAUUCGACUUUAGAACAUUUGACCAUUUGGAAGAACUUACAGUCGGUGUUUUACCAAAGAAAACGUAUCUACCAAUAUCACUCAAAUCUCUGACGUUACUCAAUAGUCUAAAAAUGGUUGGUGUCCAAAAUCUCUGCGAAAUUCAUUUGGAACGAUUGGAGACUUAUUCUUUUGAUAAAAGUUAUCGCGAUAUCCCGACACUCAAAACACUUGUUUUGAGUAAGCCACCAACCAAUUUCACAGUACCACUUCAACUCAAAGAAGUAAUUUUGAGAGGAGAAGUAGUCUCUAUUAAACUCAACUCGGGACUGGAACGACUGACUAUUCCGUAUACUCCCGUGGGUACUCUUUUCCCUAAAAGUUUGACAUAUAUUGAGGUGAACCAAUUCUUGGAUUCAAUGCCUUUGGCCCAUUGGAAAGAAGUUGUUGUGAACAAGGAAAGUGUGAUACUAGGAACUACUCUCCCCCAUUGUGUGACUAAAUUAACUGUCGGCUUAGAAAAAUUGAAUACAUUGGACAUCACUCGAUUAACACGACUGGAAUACCUUUGCUUGAUUACAAAUGAUUUGUCAAAAGGGAGAAUCAUAGCACUUCCUGCUAACUUGGACACCGUAGAAGUCUGUAUGAAUAAUUUGAGUGAAGGGUCUGUGGAUGGAGUUAGACAAGAAAUUGGAAUGAUGUUCAAAAACACUGAGCAUUUGGUACUUAGUGGGCAAUUCAUAGACUCUUUGUUGACCUUCGAGUAA